CUGUUAGCACUGCAUCAUGGGUAAAUCGUGUCCCAAAGCUUGAAGAGCGCAUGCGUUAUAUACUUCCUUCCUUUUCCUCGUUGCAUCCCUGGAAGAUGGGUCACCAGCAGCUCUACUGGAGUCAUCCCCGAAAAUUCGGCCAGGGUUCUCGCUCUUGCCGCGUCUGCUCAAACCGGCACGGUCUGAUCCGGAAAUACGGCCUCAAUAUGUGCCGCCAGUGUUUCCGUCAGUACGCGAAGGAUAUAGGCUUCAUCAAGUUGGACUAAGUGAUCUUCCUUGAUCUUCCACGACAUGUACCUGGCUGUGGAAGCAAUGCUGGCUCUUUGUAUAUAAAAUAAAACCUAGAAAACUAAAAUUAUGACUUUAAAUGUGAAUGGAAUAAAUUUGUUAUAAAAGUCUUACAUAAAAAUUUA